UAUUUUCUAUCCCUAGCUCCAAGGAUUUUUAUUUAUUUUUUUCUUUUUCUGUAAUGACACUAAAUUAAAAAAGAUGUCAAGUAGUGUUUUUACCUUGGAAAAUUUUCACCAUUACAUCAAGAAACCAAAGCUGUUGCUAUGGAUACUGGGUUUAACAUCAAUCUUAAGUAUUCUCACAAUAUAUUCUCCAAACCUUUUAAAGGUUAAUGUUCAGAACUUUUUUAAGGUCAAUCCUCACAAAGAUCUCCCAGAAGGGAACCUCAUCAAACCCCAGAAGGAGGAGAAUCAUGAGAAGAAAUGUGACUUGUUCCAGGGACAUUGGAUUCCGGAUCUUAAUGGACCAUUGUAUACCAAUACGAGUUGUCCCACAUUGCCCGAAUCGAAGAAUUGUGGUAAGAAUGGUAGGAGUGACGUAGAUUAUUUGAAAUGGAGAUGGAAACCAAAUGAAUGUGAGCUUCCUAGGUUUGAUCCAAAUAUUUUCUUACCAAUUGUUCGAGGCAAAAAGUUGGCGUUUGUAGGUGAUUCAGUUGCUCGGAACCAAAUGGAAUCGCUACUUUGCCUCCUGUCUCAAGUGGGAACUCCGGUAGACGUUUACAAGGACUCUGAGGAUCGAUUCCGGGCAUUCUACUUUCCUAAUUACAAUUUCACUCUGAUGGUAAUUUGGACAAAAUUCUUAGUUGCUGGUGAAGAAAGAGUUAUAAACGGUUCAAAUUCUGGAGUCUACGACAUAUACCUUGACAAGAUUGAUAACACUUGGUUUCAAAAACUACCUGGUCUAGAUUACAUUAUCAUGUCUGAUGCCCACUGGUUUUUCAGAAAGUGCUACUUAUAUGAAAAUGAAAAGCUUAUAGGGUGCAUCUAUUGUGACGAGCAAAACGUUACGGAUAUAGGUCCUGCUUUAGCCAUUGGAAGGGCUUUUAACACAGCCCUUAAGUUCAUCAGCCGGUGCCAAGAUUGUAACGACGGUUUAUUUACUUUGAUACGAACAUUUUCGCCUGCACAUUUCGAAAACGGGUCUUGGAAUGGUGGUGGUAAUUGUAAUAGAACAAGACCAUUCAGUGAAGAAGAAAUAGAUUAUGGAGGUUCUGAAUGGGAAUUAAGAAGUAAUCAAGUACAAGUCGUUGAGAGAAUGAAGAAGAAGGAAGAAAAGAAAGGCAAUAAGAAAAGGUACGAAAGUUUAGAUGUAACAAGAGCAAUGAUGAUGAGACCUGAUGGACAUCCUGGGUCUCAUUGGGACAAUCAGUAUAUGAAGGGUUAUAACGAUUGCGUUCAUUGGUGUUUACCUGGUCCUAUAGAUGUAUGGAACGAGUUUGUGAUGGCUCUCUUGCAGAUGAAAAUUGGUUCAUUUUGGUAUUAGGCCAACGAAUAUUAGUCUUGGUUUGCCUUUUUCCGUUAGACACUGAUUGAUAUACAUACUAUAGAAAGAUGAAAUUCUUAUCGAUGUAAGGUUUCAUUGUUAUUAUUUGUCAUAUAUAAAAACCGUACACCCUGCUAAGAAUUACUUAUACAUUCUUCAAUUUGCUAGCAGAAUAUAUAAGUUGCUAGCAGAACUUCAAUUUGCUAAA